AUGAGGCAGUCCAAGCUGUUUGGAGGCGUUCUGGCCCUGGCUUCUCCCGCCAUCGCAGCAUUCAACGUCUACGCACUGCAUGAUCGUGAAGCACUCAGAGCGUCGCUCGGCGUGUCUCCUGAGUGUCUUUCGGCUCUAAACUACACCGUCCAGUGUGAUGGCCCAAAUGCUGUUAGGGCUACGAAAAACUCAGAAAGCGACUUAACCUGGUCUAUGGAAAACCUGACGACGCUUUGCACCGACGGUUGCUCAAAGUCAUUGACAACAUGGCUCGAGGUUGUGGAGCAGAACUGCGAUGGAGAGGAACUAGUAGUGAAUGGGCUCAUCGUUGAUCCAAAGGCAUUCCCGUUGAAAUAUAUAUCGGGGUUCGACCUGGCCUGUCUACAGGAUAGCAACGAUAAUUGGUGUUUUUAUGAAGCGCAGAGCUGGGAUAGCAGUGUGUAUACGAGUUGGGAUAAAAAACCAGUUGCUUGCGGUGGCGAGAAUCCACCCGCUGAUUGUGAUAAAAAGGACCCUGAAGGAGAUGCGGACACCUUAAUUGUGACAAAUGCAUAUAAUAAAGAACUGUACUGCAGCGAGUGCUUCAUGCUUCUCUGGAGGCAGCGGAUCGAGUCUCCUGUCUUCCCUCAAGGCAAUCUUAUGGAUCACUUUACCGAGCAGUUUAAUAGAUUGCAAGCCGCCUGUUCUACAAAACUGCCACAGGCAACACCAGACCCAACAGUAGUACUGAGGGCUAAAGCCUCUACAACACUAGAUAGCGGCUAUGGCGUCGGUGCUUCGACGGUAUUCAGAUAUACUCAGCCUCCAGCAGUAACCGUCACCGAAGAGGCUAUUGCUAGACGUGGCUCUGCACCCAGAGCUCUACAGACGUUCUACACCACCGCAAUUCCUGAUAGAACAACGCAACUAGGAGCGAUUGAAGCCUGUGGUAAAUAUUAUAAUGUAGUUCCAGGUGAUACUUGCAAUGCAAUCUCCGCUGAGUUCGAAGUAACGAUGGAUGAACUAUUAGAGUACAAUCCUAAGCUUCACCCAGACUGUGAGAACUUGUGGGCAAACUUCGCCAUAUGUGUUGCCCCGGUCUCCCCGAGGCCCAUGGCAGUAGACGGAAACUGUGGAGAUAACAAUGCACACGCUACCUGCAACGGAUCUCCCUUUGGAUCAUGUGAGCCAUGUGAACCCGAAGCCACCACUCCCCCUUCGCCUCGAACAGAACCAGACGAAAAGCCAUCAAACAAAGAGCCAUUUGAAGAGAAGUCUAGUGACGAGCCACCUAAGGACAUGGAAGAUGAUGACCGUGAUAAAGGAAAACCUACGCAUACUAAAGAUGAAAAUCCUCUCCCGACGGGUGGUGGAAACUCCACUAUGAUCAGCAAGGAUGGGUCUUGCAAUGACCAUAUUAUCUGUGUGGGCUCACCAUUUGGAAAUUGUUGCAGCACUAGCGGGUGGUGUGGAUUUGGACCAGCAUGGUGUGUUGUGACAGGCGUUGGCAACUGUGUCUCUGGUGAUUGUGACACUGAGGAUAAAACUUCUGGGAAACCCGCAAUCGAACCUCCCAAACCUACCUAG